AUGUUAGAAGCAAAGAGUUUGAGAAAAGCUGUGAUUUCUCCAACUCUGGUUCAAAAUCCUUCUCCUGGAAAUCUACAGGCUACUCGUUUUGCUCUCCAUGUUAAUGAAGAUGAAUCUUAUUGUUCCGCAUUUAUAGCUUCAGGACGCAAUAUAUACAAGCUUGAGAUUUCAUUAGAAGAUUUUUCGAUCUCCAAGGGAAAGGAGAGCCUCUUGAUUCCUGUUCCUGCAAAGGUUAUCCGUUCUUCACUGCUUAAACGUUGUCCCCAUCGUUCGGAAAUUCAAAGUGUGGUGCUUGCUGGAACAGAUUCAUCUUCUGGGAAUGACUGCUUAAUACUGGGAUCAGUGGAUUGUUAUGGCCAUCUUUUUGUAUCUCGGUUGGUUACAAGUGAUCAAGAUGUUGACAGGAUCACAUAUUCAGUUUUACCUCGUGAUAAUGGUGUAGGGGAGGGAAGUUGGGCAGGGCUUUGCUUCAAUCCAAGCCAAUGGUCCAUGUCCAUCCAUGGCUUGAAACCACCCUUUCUGCAGUGGAUAUCCCUGAUUAAAAAGCCUAGCAUCUUGUAUUAUCCAGCUGCACUGAGCUUCGUGAAAAGUUCAUUUUCUACAAAUGAGGAUUCCAUAUUAGCAGUUGCUGAAGGUUGCCAGCUGAGCAUAUGGGAUUUGAGGGUGAAAGAGAACGGUGGUUGCAUACAGAGAAUCUGUGGCUCUGUGGGAGAUAUCCUUUACGCUGUUUGUGGUGACUCAGCUGGGAACAUUGCAGUAGGUGGAGCUGAUCGUACUGUGACUGUCUAUGAUCCUCGCAGAUGGUCGGCUUUGGGGAGAUGGGUGAACUGCUCAAAAUACGAGAUAACUGGACUUGCUUUCUCAUCACUCGAACCAAGUCAUAUCUACGUACAAGGUGUUGACUAUGAGGUAUUUUGUGGAAAGUUUAAAGAGAAGGAAAAAGUACUUUCCUUUAAAGGUGACUCAAACUGGCUGGGCUUCAGCAAGUGCUUCAAUAGGGAUCUAGUAGGUGGCUGGACUGAUUCUGGUAGCAUAUUUCUAGCUGAUAUCACAACAAAAGAGAAUGAAUGCUCUGAUAUGGAUCUAGUAGGUGGCUGGACUGAUUCUGAUAGCAUAUUUCUAGCUGAUAUCACGAUAGAAGAGAAUGAAGUAUGAACUAAACUCAACACAUGGUGUCCCUUGAUGACUUCUUAAUCUCGUUUUGUUAACCUCACUUUUCCUUUUUAAUGGUUCAAAGAUGCUUAGUGGUUUGAGUCAGUCAAAGUCUCAAGUCAUUUGAUAGAUUCCCAUUGUCCAAAUUCAUCUGU